CAGACACUACCCACCACAAAAAGGUAAGCAUACUGUAGUCUGAACCCUGCAUUUCUGUACCUGCAUCCAUUAUCUGCGUCCGCCCUCUUUGUCUCGCCUUGUUCUCCACCAACCCCGGUCUUUGAGGGAGUCUUUAUCGAUAUCCUCCCUUUCACAACACCGACUCGGCCUUGUCCUCGACAGAACAUCGCCGAAGCAGAGCCAUGUCUUUUGUCACCAUCGAUAGCGGCAAUGAGUCCCUUUAAGUAUUCAGCAAGGGAAAUCCCUUCAACUCGAUAUAUCGAUGUUUACUUCAUCUUAUUUCACACGAAAUUGUCUCAACACCAAAUGUCUUACACGUUCUCGUCCAAACAUUCCCCACAAGAAACACCAUUCCACCCUCGCUACAUCUUAGCCUCGUCGCAUUCAUCAAAGACACGGAAACAGCUAUUGCCAAGCGGCAUUGGUUUGACGUUUGCUCAACUGAAACCAGCCACACCUAAUACCUCUCAAGCUUAUAUAACUGACUCUAUUUCCAGUUCACCCCAUUCCGUCUUGUGUGUCUGUUCACCGAUCACCAUGAAGGCGUCUAUGUUCCUCCUCGGCGCUAGCGCCAUCUUGGCUUCGGCCAGCCCUAUUCGAAAUGCUCUCGAGAAGAGAGAGAUUGAGAAGCGAGAGAUGAAGACCGAGUGGGUCUACGAGGUUGUUACCGUCACUGUUGUUGCUGGCGACGAGCCCGAGACCACGGCUCCUGCGGCCACAAAGCCCACUGGCGUUGUGUUUAUGGAAGCCCCUGCUCCCAAGUAUACAGCUCCUUCAACCACCAAGGAGGCUGCGAAGCCCAAGAAGGUCAAGAAGCCUGUCAGCAAGCCCUCAACCACCAAGGAGGCCCCUAAGGUUACGGUCGUUACUGUCGAGCCCCAGCCUGAGUCUACUAAGGAGAGCGUCUAUGAGUCUCCCGCACCCGUCGUCGAGAAGCCCAAGACUACCGUCGAAAAGGUUGUCGCUAAGCCUACCAAGGCUGCCGAGCCCAAGGUUGAGGUCCCUGCUAGCGGCGGUGAUGACCUCUCUCUGGAUGGUGCCUAUAACACUGUUAUGCUCGCCUACCACAACAUCCACCGUCUUAACCACUCUGCCUCUGCCCUUGAGUGGGAUGAUGAGCUUGCCGGCUACGCCGAGAACACCGCCAACGGUUGUGUUUUCGAGCACGACAUGAAGCAAGGCAAUGGCGGCUACGGCCAGAACCUCGCUUCUUGGGGUGCCACAAGCGACAUUGAUGGCCUCAAGAACAAGGCCGCUGCUGGUGGUAUUACCAACCAGUGGUACAACAACGAGAUGGCCAACUGGGCUUUCUAUGGCCAGGAGAACCCUCCUGCUGAUAUGAACAUUGACCUCUACGGCCACUUCACUCAGGUUGUCUGGAAGGACUCCACGAAGGUCGGCUGCGCCACUGUCAAGUGCCCUGCCGGAACUGUUCUCAGCUUCCCCUCUUGGUACACCGUCUGCAACUACAACCCUCAGGGUAACUUUGGCGGCCGUUAUGGCGACAACGUUCUCAAGCCCAAGGGCGAGAAGCGCGUUACUGUCUAAGCUCUAAGCUCUUUGAUGAACGGAUAUGGCACGCUUCUACAUCGUUCGCGGGUAUGAGGAAUCCCGGCAUGUCUUGGUUGGCAAGCACUCGUAUCUAGUGAGGUGGCAGAAGACGUAGCCCCCUAGACCACGUCUACAGCAACUGUUUCCUUUUUCUCUUCAUUUCGAUUCUCAAUGUACGUUACGCAUCAUCGUACUUUACGAUCUUCUUUGCUCAACAUGGGGCCACCUGGCCAACUUUUCUUCUUCUCAUGGUCUUGACUUUACAUGCCUGGCGUCUAAGAAAAUGAUAUCAGAUAGGGAUUGAGGGCGCGUAAGGAAUGAGGAUUAACGAAGAGUGCCUGUGCAAGUUCUUUCAAACCGCGUUGUCUCUUCUUUUCAUUGCCUGGUAGUGAGUCAUGUAUGAAUUGACUCUUUUCCACGGCCGUUUUGGGGUUUUACAAAAGGGUGUUUGAUGAAUGCCUCCUGCAGACAGUUGCAUGUCGAUAGACACAAAUGGCACCAAGAUUUUGCCAAGACA